CAGGAUUUGUUCUGGGAGGCGCAUUUGGUGUCUUCACAGCUGGCAUCGACACCAACGUUGGGUUUGAUCCCAAGGAUCCAUAUCGCACGCCAACCGCAAAAGAGGUCCUCAAAGAUAUGGGGCAGCGAGGCAUAUCCUACGCAAAGAACUUCGCCAUUGUGGGCGCCAUGUUCUCCUGCACCGAAUGUGUGGUAGAAUCUUAUCGUGGAAAGUCAGACUGGAAGAAUAGUGUUAUUAGCGGCUGCAUCACAGGAGGAGCAAUCGGCUUCAGAGCUGGUUUGAAGGCAGGGGUUAUCGGCUGUGGUGGAUUUGCCGCUUUCUCCGCCGCAAUUGAUUACUAUCUACGGUAACAGUGGGAUCCCUUGGGAGCAAGUUUCCCUUUUGUUCCAGUGCUGCUGCUAAGAGCCUGCAUCACGGCAGAAGAACCAUCAGGCUUACCUUUCCACUGCCUUUGGAGUCCUGAUCAGUGCAAGCUGGAUGGUGUUGGCUGCUUUUCCUGAAUGACUAACAAUAAUCUGGCUCUGAGCCCUGGCGUGCUGCUUCAGGCAGACUUGCGGGAGUAUGCGAGGAUAGAGCCAGGCGCAGUGAGCAGUAUCUCCAGGACGGAUCAGCUGACUGUCAGUUUCCAGGAAACAAGCCUGGACUCUGAGCUUUUUCGAUCCUUUGGGUCUGAUUUUGAUUAAGUCUGUUGCUAGCAUCAAAAGAGGCAGGAGGACAAUCUUCAAAAAGAAAUGCAGUGAUUUAGGUUACCGUGUAUUUGAACGUGCUGCAAGUGUUUAACAGUUAUCAGUUUGCAGCUUGCUACUCUGUUGGGGAGAGGUAAGAUCCUGUGGAGAAAUAGUUUGUUCCAGGCUUUUCUUAAAAUACCAGCUGAAGACAAACCACCAUCUGUACAACUUGUCUUAUUUCAAGUACAGAGAUGAGAGCCAGAUUUCUUUACCAUGUCUUAAAGGGAAAAGCAAAAAGGAAUCCUUAGC